AUGGAGGCGCCUGGCAGGAUCCCAGCCAGCCCUACCCACAGAGUCCAGACCAUCAUCCAGAACAGCCCCCUGGACCUGAUUGACACAGGAAAGGGGCUGAAGGUCCAGACAGAAAAACCACACUUGGUGAGCCUGGGCAGCGGCCGGCUCAGCACCGCCGUCACCCUCCUGCCCCUGGAGGAAGGAAAGACCACCAUCGGCACGGCCGCAAAGGACAUCGUCCUGCAGGGCCCCGGCCUGGCACCACAGCACUGCUACAUCGAGAAUGUGCGGGGGACACUGACCCUGCACCCCUGUGGCAACGCCUGCGCUAUCGAUGGUGUGCUGCUCCGGCGGCCCGCGCGCCUCACCCAAGGGUGCACCAUCUGCCUGGGCCAGGCCACCUUUCUCCGCUUCAACCACCCUGCUGAGGCCAAGUGGAUGAAAAGCAUGAUCCCAGCGGAGGGCAGGAGCCCGGCGGCAAUCUGUGGGCUGACAGCAAAGCCCGAGGGCCUGGUGAAUGGUGGCCGCCAACUCGCCGUUGUCAGUUCCAUUGAGAAGGACCUGCAGGACAUCAUGGACUCGCUGGUGCUGGAGGAGUCGCCCUCCCCCAGUUGCAAGAAACCUCCUGCCCGUGGCCAUCCUGACUCACGCCGGUGCCUGAGUCACUGCCUGGAAAUAGUGAAGGAGCGACAGCGGCUGGAGACCAUCCUGAACCUCUGUGCCGAGUACACCAAGACAGAGGGCAGUGAGCCAGAUGACCUGCAGCAGCUCCUGGCUGGUGAUGUGGAUGGUGGCCGGCAGGUGCCUGGUGGUGCCAUGGCUCUGGGCCGUACGGCCAAGGAGCUGCGGCAGAGGGAGAGCCUGGAGCGGUCGGAUGAGGAGAACCUGAAGGAGGAGUGCAGCAGCACCGAGAGCACCCACCACGAGCAUGAGGAGCUGGCAGGUCCGCGGGCCAAGGAGGCUCAGCGGCUGGAGGAGGAGCGUGCCGGGGUCCUCGGCCACCUUGACCAGUUGAAGGGUCGCCUCAAGGAGCUGGAGCAGCAGCUACAGGAGACAUCACGAGAGGCAGAGAUGGAGCAGGCACUACUGCAGGGUGAGCGGGAGGCCGAGGUGCUGCGGCUGCGGGGGGAGCAGGAGGUGGCCCAGCAGUUGCAGGAGAAGCUCUCCAGCCUGGACACCAGCAUCCGGAAGGAGCGGGACAAGGAGGCAGAGGCGCUGGAGACUGAGGCCAAGCUCUUUGAGGACCUGGAAUUCCAGCAGCUGGAGCGGGAGAGCCGCCUUGAGGAGGAGCGGGAGGCACGGGGCCAGCAACUGCUACAGAGCCGGGCUGAGUGCCAUCGCAGCAUUGCCCGCAGGAAGGAGCUGGUGGCAGCCCUGGAGGCACAGUCUGCCCAGGUCCGGCUGCAGAGUGCACAGGAGGCUGAGCGCCUGGCCAGGGAGAGGCACAGCAUUCUGCAGCUCCUGCAGAAGGAGAAAGAGAAGCUCGUGUCUCUGGAGAGGCGAUACCAGCUCAUCACAGGCGGCAGGAGCUUCCCCAAGAUGUCCUCGGCUCUCAGAGAGGUCUAUCGUGCCAAAACAGAGGGUGAUGCUGGUGCCCCCACCCCUCGGAUGAAGAGCGGGACUCCCUCGUCCUCACAGCUCAACCUCUCUGUGCUGGGGCGCAGCCCCUCGCCCAAGGUAUGGCUGCUGGGAAGGAGCUCGGCGGGCAGCCUGCCCCGCACCCUGGCGGCCACGCUACAGGACAUCGAGACCAAGCGCCAGCUGGCCCUGCAGCAGAAGGGUCAGCAGGUGAUCGAGGAGCAGCGGCGGCGGCUGGCGGAGCUGAAGCAGAAGGCAGCUGCCGAGGCUCAGUCCCAGUGGGAAGCCCUGCAUGGGCAGCCCCCCUUCCCCGGUGCCUUCCCACCACUUGUGCAUCACUCCAUUCUCCACCAUCACCGUCCCCAUGGGCCCCGUGCCGAGGAGCUGGACCACGCGUACGACACUCUCAGCCUGGAGAGCUCGGACAGCUUGGAGACCAGCAUCUCCACUGGCAACAACUCUGCCUGCUCACCUGACACCAUCUCCAGUGCCAGUGGGAUGGAGGUGGGGAAGAUCGAGGAGAUGGAGAAGAUGCUGAAGGAGGCACAUGCGGAGAAGUCGCGGCUGAUGGAGUCCCGGCAGAGGGAGCGGCGGCGGCAGGCGCGGGAGGACGAGCGCCGGCGCCGGGAGCAGCUGGAACGCCGGCUGCAGGAUGAGACCGCACGGCGGCAGAAGCUGGUGGAGAAGGAGGUCAAGCUGCGAGAGAAGCACUUCUCACAGGCUCGUCCCCUGACACGAUACCUCCCCAUCCGCAAGGAGGAUUUCAACCUGCGGCUGCACAUCGAGUCCUCGGGCCACAGCGUGGACACCUGCUAUCAUGUCAUCCUAACAGAGAAGAUGUGCAAGGGCUACCUGGUUAAGAUGGGUGGCAAGAUCAAGUCUUGGAAGAAGCGCUGGUUUGUCUUCGACCGCAUGAAGCGCACCCUCUCCUACUAUGUGGAUAAGCAUGAGACAAAGCUGAAGGGUGUUAUCUACUUCCAAGCUAUUGAGGAGGUUUACUACGACCACCUCCGCAGUGCGGCAAAGAGCCCCCACCCUGCGCUCACCUUCUGUGUCAAAACCCACGACCGCCUCUACUACAUGGUGGCCCCCUCGGCUGAGGCCAUGCGCAUCUGGAUGGACGUCAUCGUCACCGGGGCUGAGGGAUACACCCAGUUCAUGAACUGA